AUGGGAUCUUUGAUGCACGAAUUCAAGAGGCAAGCUUCCUUCUUCUUGAAACAGAAAAUCAAGACUGCAAGAUUGGUUCUCACAGAUGUUACUCCCAUCCAAAUAUUGACAGAGGAAAUAACAAAUGGAGAUUCAAUGGCAGCAAACACAAAUGCCAUGAGAUUAAUAUCACGUGCAGCCUUUGAAGUGGAUGAUUAUGAGAGAAUUGUGCAUAUUCUGCAUCAAAGGUUGUCAAAGUUUGAUACAUGGAACUGGAGAGCCUCCUACAAGGCUCUAAUUUUGUUGGAACACCUUCUCACUCAUGGACCACAAAGGCUGGCUGAUGAGUUUGAAAGUGAAGAAGAUAUUAUUAGAGAGAUGGCAAAUUUUCGAUACGUAGAUGAGAAAGGGUUCAACUGGGGAUUGAGUGUACAGAAGAAAUCUGAAAGAAUUCUGAACCUUCUGGAAGAUAGGCCAUAUCUCAAAGAAGAGAGAGCUAAAGCAAGAAAAUUAACAUUUGGAAUCAAAGGUUUUGGAAGUUUCAGCAACUGGCCUGCAGAAGGGGGCCUAAAAGAAACCACUUUUGAAAAUUAUUUGAGAACAAAUUCUCUCUUCAAUGGCCAUUAUGAAGAGGGAUUGGCAUCAAAUGAACACACCAAUUUAUUAUCCAUGGAAAGGACUGCUAAAAAUACAGAUACAAUGCUUGAAUAUCCGGUAGAAGUGGACCAUCCAUUCUGGGAGAAAGAACACCAGACUCGAGUCUCCCUACUUUCAUCAGUAUAA